GUGGGGAUACGACCAAUAUGAAGAGAAUUCUCUGCUUGAAUCAUUGGUAGUGUUGUUCGUUUAAGCAAAUAAGUUAAACAAGAAAAAUGAAGUUUUUAAUAAUACUGGCGUUGAUUCUAACUCUGACCAUGGCCAAUGAAGUUGCUUUGCAGGAAUUCACCACUGGCAACAACUUGUUUACGGCAGCUAUCUACAGAGAAGUGAUAAAAGAAAACUUGGGGAAUUUCCUCAUUAGUCCAUUUUCCAUUCAAACAGUGUUUGCCUUGACACAGUCAGGUGCCAAAGACCCGACAGCUACUGAAAUACGCAAUAAACUGAAUUUACCAGAGACUUCUGAAAAAACUGAAGAAAUUUAUUCAGCAAUACUUCCCACUUUGAAAGGAAACGAACAAUACGCUCUUCAUACAGCGAACAAAAUCUACGUGAAGAAUGAUUACCCCGUGAAAGAAGAUUUCAAAAAUGUUGCUUCCAACGUCUAUCAAGCAGGAAUAGAAAACAUCGAUUUUACUCAAAAAACGGAAGCAGCCGAAGCUAUCAACGGCUGGGUUCAAAAACAAACCAAUAAUAAAAUACACGAUUUAAUUGAUCCUAAUACACUAGACUCAGAUACUAGAAUUAUUCUGAUAAACGCCCUCUACUUCAAAGGAAAGUGGGUUUACCCCUUCGAAUCGUACGCUACCAGGAAACGGGAUUUCUACAGAACUGCGAAAGAUGUCGUCAAAGUUGAUACAAUGCAAAACACUGAAUUGUUCAAUUAUUACGAAAGCCCCGAAUUGAAGGCGAAAUUUUUGGAAAUGCCCUACUUGGGUGAUGACGUUUCGAUGGUUAUAGUUCUUCCAAAUGAAAAAGACGGGCUUGGAUUUUUGGAAUCUCAAGUGGACAAAGUUUUUACUACACACAAUUUUACCCAGGAACGUGUCAGUGUGUCUUUGCCCAAAUUUAGUAUCGAAAAUAAAGUCCAACUGAAGAAAAUGUUACAAAACUUGGGGAUUAAAACAGCUUUCACGGACGAAGCCGAUUUGAGUGGAAUUGCGGGCAAAAAAGGUGAACUUGCUAUUAGCGAUGUUGUUCAAAAGGCUUUUAUCAACGUUACGGAAACGGGAACGGAAGCUGCAGCGGCCACUGCAGUUAUUAGCACUGAGUCACUCCCAGCGCCUCCAAAGUAUACAAUUGAAGUUGACAGGCCAUUUAUUUUUUACUUGAAACUUAAAUCUGUUAUAUUCUUUGCUGGUCGAGUUAAUUUUAAGUAGACAAUUGUCUUGUAUUGCUCUUUGUACGUCAUUGUGCUUUUACACUUGAAUUAUAUUUUAGCUUCAAUUGUGGUUACUUUAAGUCUGCCACCUCAGUAUGGAAAUGUAAAGCAAUUUAAAGCAAAUCAUCCAUUCCUCUUCUACUUGAAGUUGAACGACUUUGUGUUAUUUGCUGGAAAGUAUAACGCCUUGAACGCAUAACAUACUAUUUGCUGUAUAAUUUUUUUAUGUAUGACUUUUUAAUAAAUUUUCAAGCUUU